AUGAAGCUGGUGAUAGUGCUCAUGCUGACCGCCCUCCCCCUUUUCUGCUAUGCCGGGAGGACUCAGACCAUUGCCCAUAAGUUCUCUGAAUGUCUGUUUCUCCUGGGAGGUAAGAUGGCCAUCGUCCUGGCUACGCCCAGCAAGGAGGUGGUGCCUUUGUGUGCUUUCUUCCCAGGUUCUGGCUGCCCAGACAUAGAGUAUGUGAUUAGAAAGACCAUUGAUCCCCAAGUGUCCAAGGCUGAAUUCAUCCAAGACCUUGAAAAGUACAUCACUGGUGGGAUUACUGAGAUGGCCCUCAGGAAAUUUAAGCAGUGUUUUCUCGACCAGAGCGACGAAACCCUGGCUAACGUUGGCAAGCUGAUGGUAAUGGUGGCUUCUUCUUCCCGCUCUGGCUGCUCUGGCUGGGCACCAGUGGGCUUUCAGUUCUCUAUUAACUACUUUUUUCUUAGUCACUACUUUUUAAGAUGUAUUUUUAUUGAUUUCAGAGAGGAAGGGAGAGGGAGAGAGCGAGAGAAACUUCAGUGA